GGGAGGCAUCUGCCCUGGUCUUUAAGUUUUUGACCUUUGAAAUCGCCGAUUCUUCGUCUUCUGCCCCUCCCUCCCCACUCCCUCUCUCUCUCUCUCUCCAAUUCUGCCCUUUUCCACGCCUCUCCCUCCCUCCCUCUCCGUCACAGGUUUGCUCGGUUCGUCUGAUUUUCGAGCUGGGAUAUUAGGGACCCUGGUUUGAACUGGGAAUUAGGGUUUUGCACUGGCAUGUUUGUCGGUCUGCAGGGUGCUCCUGAUUUCAAGCUGCAAUAUUUGAAAACUCUGAUUUGCUUUCAGAAUUAGGGUUUUCUUUGUUCUUACUCCCUGAUUCGUAAAGAGUGAAAGAGUACAGGCAGUUCAGACAUAUCCGUUGAAGAGCCAGAGAUGCCAAGGAAGGCUGAAAUAGUGCAAUAACAUAAUACAAUAGAGUAAGGAGAAGAUUCGAUUGAAGAAACCCUUAAAGCCAGUCCUUGGUGACACCUAUUUUUCUUGCAUUACUCUAUGAUCAAUGGUGAAUAGAAAAAGAGGCAGCUUCAUCUUGCUCCUAUCAAAAGAUUAUUCAUGGCAAAUCAUGAUAUCAUUCUGGGGCAAAGACAAGAUUUAUCGCUGAUGCAUGACCCACAUUUGGGGAUUGGCCAUAAUCAUAAUCUGAUAAUUGGACAAGGUCAUGGUUUAGGACUUGGACAAGCGCACGGCCACAAUCUUGGUUUAGUUCACUCUCACAAUCAUGGAUUGGUGUUAGGCCAAGCCCCUGACCGUGAGAUUGCACUAAGGCAUGUCCAAGGUAACAGCAAUGAACAUGAGAAUAGGUAUGAACAUUGCCAUCAUGAUAGAGUAAAUCCAGGCCAAGAUGAUGAGCCUGAUGCUGAUCAAGGUGACGCUGACCUUGAUAACCGUGAUCGUCAGUUGGCUGAGAAUCAUGAAUUCAGUUUAUUGGAGAACAAUGAAUUGGCUGUUGUUGAGAACCAUGAUGUUGAUGAUAACUUAGAGCUUUCUGUGGACCACAAUCAAGACUUGAGUAUUGUACCUGCCCCUGAUAUGUCUCUUCAGGAGGCCAAUCUGGUCGUCACUCCUGUUAUUCAGUCCCGAACCUUAGUUCCUGCUCCAACACAUGAAUUGACUGUUGGGCAAGAGUUUUCUGAUGUGAAGAGUUGUCGAAGAGCAUUGAGAGACAUGGCAAUUGCUCUGCACUUUGAGAUACAGACUGUUAAGUCUGACAAGACUCGUUUUACUGCUAAAUGUGCAAGUGAGGGAUGCCCUUGGCGGGUUCAUGCUGCAAAGCUACCAGGUGUUCCUACCUUCACAAUUAGGACUAUUCAUGAGCAGCAUAAUUGUAUGGGGAUUAACCAUCUUGGCCAUCAACAAGCUUCGGUACAGUGGGUUGCAAACUCUGUGGAACAAAGCCUUAGGGAAAACCCCCAUUAUAAGCCAAAGGAGAUAUUGGAGGAGAUUCAUCGUGUUCAUGGGAUCACGUUAUCAUACAAGCAAGCCUGGAGAGGGAAGGAGCGGAUCAUGGCUGCUGUUCGUGGGUCAUUUGAGGAUGAUUAUCGCCUCCUUCCUCAGUAUUGUAACCAGAUUGCCCAGACAAAUCCAGGAAGUAUUGCAUUAGUUUAUGUGAGUCCAGUGGACAACUGCUUUCAGCGGCUGUUUGUUUCAUUUCAAGCAUCGAUAUAUGGGUUUCUGAAUGCAUGCCGCCCCCUUAUUGGGCUUGAUAGAACUGUCCUUAAAAGCAAGUACCUAGGGACUUUGCUUCUUGCCUCCGGUUUUGAUGGAGAUGGUGCCAUCUUUCCUUUGGCGUUUGGAGUGGUGGAUGAGGAAAAUGACGAAAAUUGGAUGUGGUUCCUUUCCGAGCUGCAUAGCCUGCUUGAAACCAACACCGAAAACAUGCCAAGACUUACGAUCUUGUCUGACAGGCAGAAAGGCAUAAGUGAGGGUGUGGAAGUGAACUUUCCAACUGCUUUUCAUGGGUUCUGUAUGCGCCACCUCAGCGAGAGCUUCAGGAAGGAGUUCAACAACAGUAUACUUGUCAACCUUCUUUGGGAAGCUGCAAAUGCUCUUACUGUCCUUGAAUUCGAAUCGAAACUCCUUGAGAUCGAAGAGAUCUCACAGGAGGCCGGUUACUGGAUCCGACGUGUCCCGGCUCGCUUGUGGGCCACAUCUUAUUUUGAGGGAACAAGGUUUGGGCAUCUGACAGCCACUGUCGUUGAGUCACUAAAUUCUUGGUUACUUGAAGCGUCCAGUCUUCCAGUGAUUCAGAUGAUGGAGGCUGUCCGUCGGCAACUGAUGACUUGGUUCAACGAGCGUCGAGAAGCCAGCAUGCAGUGGGCAUCCAUACUUGUCCCAUCUGCCGAGAGGUUUGUGUCGGAGGCUCUUGACCGAGCACGCACAUACCAGGUACUCCGAGCAAAUGAAGCAGAAUUCGAAGUCAUAUCCCACGAAGGAACAAACGUUGUGGAUAUUCGAAACCGAAACUGUCUAUGUCGAGGAUGGCAGCUAUAUGGACUGCCGUGUGCGCACGCUGUGGCAGCCCUCCUUUCUUGCAGGCAGAAUGUCCACCGUUUUACUGAGAGCUGUUUCACGGUGGCAACUUAUCGUAAGGCAUACUCUCAAACAAUACAUCCAAUCCCAGAUAGGACGCUUUGGAAUGAGACAUAUCAGAGUGAGGCUCAAAUGGUUGUCGUCAACCCGCCAAAGUCGCUUCGGCCACCAGGCCGUCCAAGGAAGAGGCGAGCCCGUGCAGACGAUCGAGGGAGGGUCAAACGAGUUGUUCACUGCAGCCGUUGCAAUCAAACUGGCCAUUUUAGAACCACCUGUGCAGCACCCAUAUAGAUUGAUAGAUAAAUAGAGAGACCCAUUUUUAUCUUUAACCUACGUACCCCCCUUUUUAUUCUCAGUAAGAUAUUUUAGGUUUUUUUCCCCAAAUUUCGUUUGCUUUGGUUUCUCGUUUAAUAGAUGUAACUAGAGAAUCAGAUGGUAGGGCAUAUAAGUAGAUUUUGACAUUAUUUUCGUUUGCA